AUGGACAGCGGCUCCGUGGCGGCCGAGCGGCCGAAGCGCGCACCGGCUCGCCAGCGGCUCCUAUCCUCCGGCUGCGGAGUUCCGGCGCGCCCCGGCGUCUCCACGCUGCCCGGCGGGCGAAGCUGGCUGAGGCCGCUGCUGCUCCUCCUGCUCGUGCCCUCCCCGCGCCUGGCCGCCACCGCCCCGCGUAGGACGCUGGCUGAGCGCUCGCGCCCGGGGCUCGCCAUCCCCGCGGCCGCGCUCGGCGCCGGCAGGAACGCGCUGGGCCGUCUGCGGCUAGGCGCCCGGCGUGUGGCUGCGCUCGCGAACAGCCGGAGAGAGCUAAGCCUGUCUGCUAGGUGCCAUCAGCUGGAGCACAGAAAAGGGAACUUGCCCCCCUCCGUGAGUCGGCAGCUCUACUUUGACACCCACGCUCUGGUGUGCUUACUUGAAGCAAAUGGGUUUACCAUUCAACAAGCAGAAAUCAUUGUGUCUACACUGGUCAAGAUUACAGAGACCAACAUGGACAUCGUCUACAAAGACAUGGUCAGCAAGAUGCAGCAGGAAAUUGCUCUUCAGCAAAUACUAUCUAAGAUUGCUAACGUGAAGAAAGAUAUGAUCAUCUUAGAGAAGAGUGAGUUUUCAGCCCUCCGAGCAGAAAAUGAGAAAAUAAAACUUGAACUGCACCAGUUAAAGCAACAAGUGAUGGAUGAAGUGACCAAAGUCCGGACAGAUACCAAAUUAAACUUCAAUCUAGAAAAAAGCAGAGCAAAAGAAUUGUACUCGUUGAAUGAGAAGAAGAUGCUGGAACUGAAGACAGAAAUAGUGUCGCUGCAUGCCCAGCAAGAUAGAGCCCUGACCCAGACAGACAGGAAGAUAGAAACCGAGGUGGCCGGCCUCAAGACUAUGCUGGAAGCACACAAGCUUGACACGAUCAAAUACUUAGCAGGGUCUGUGUUUACGUGCCUAACAGUAGCUCUGGGAUUUUAUCGCCUGUGGAUAUGAUAAAGCGUCUAUCGAUUUAAAGAAACUCCCAUUGUUUUGCCAUAAGAGUACCAGAUCGUUGUCCCUCCCACUCAACCCCCCCCCCUUUUUUUUUUCUUUUUUUUUUUUAAUCGUAAUUUGAAUUCAUGCAUAUUAUUUCUGUGAAAACUGUGGAUCCAUAACCAAGGUGAAGAAAGUCUGGAUUUCUGUAACCGUUCUUCAGAGCAUCUCUCUUUAGUUGGCUUUUUUCGCUGAGCAGUGUGGAUGGACCACACUUUCAAGACUCCUUUCAGCCAAACCAAGGGACUCAGUCUAACUUGCAGUAUUUGACAAAAAUAAAUACUGGUACAAUUCUCUACAGCUUUAAGUACUUUGUAAUGUGGAGAAUGUGGGAACGCAUUUUGAAAAGAAGGGGGCUUUAAAUCUGAAGAAAUGAUUGGAAUCAACCCAGAAUACCAGCCCUUCUGUGCCUUACCAACAGCCACUCCCCGGGCAGCCUUGUCCCGAUGCAGCAGCUGCAGUGUUAAUGAUGCAGCGACUGUGGUACACCUUAGGGGCCUCUGUCUCUGGGUUUUCAUUGUUUUAGUAACAUUGUUAAUGUGCCUUGCAGCUGGAAGUCUAGGUACCUAAUGAAGCUUUGUGAUUUUAGCACAAGUUUUCUUGUGCUGCCGUGCCUGGGUUUCUGGUUUUGAGACAAGGGCUUGUUAUUUAGCCCAGGUUGGCUUUGAACUCACCUUCCCGCCUAAGCACCACCGUGCCCAGCCUCUACCUUACUGAAUGCUAGCCUUCCCUCCCUCUCUUCCUCUUCCUUUCCUUCAUGAUGUGGAAGUUUAACACCACCAUACCCGUGGCAUUCAUUACCUACCUAGAAAACUUGUAAUUCUCGGAAUGAACCCCUGCUUUGGUGUGUGGUUUAGAGUGAACUUCCUUCUGGUGUCCACCUGCUUUUUAUAAAAUGACAUGCAGCACUUUGUUCCUGUGGGAGAUCUAGACAGUGUGUACAGCUUUUAGAAUGAGUACACCUUUCCCUGGGAGCAGCUCAGGUUGUCGCUUGCCCAGUGAGAGCGCCCCGGUGCUUGACGCUGGCCUCGUCCGCGUUGAUUUCUUUUGUGGUAGAAGACACCCUCAGAGCCACCUCAGCUCCCCACUGGAAACAGAGAGGUCCUGGUGCAGCUGCAGUUAUUUUGGAAAAGUGUAUUCUCCUCUUGUUUAAAUUGCUGGCACUUGAAUGAGAGUGAGCAUUUGGGAAGCAGUGACACUCAGGGACCCUUCCUGGCUUGCCCCACACAGGCACAAACGCACAAGCUGGUGCACAGUACAGAAACCACAAGAGACUGCACCAUCGGAUUGGUGGAAUAAAUCACCCCUUGUCACUGUUCCAACCACACUGCUAAAAAUAAAAGCUACCUUUUGUUCUUUGGCUGUAAUUUCCAAGUUUGAGAAACCAUUAAGUUCUUGCCUCAUUAGAAAACAUUUGCGUAAAAAGAUUCCGAGCCCCACAUAUUAUGGAAAUCAAGUGCUGUUGUAUUAGAACAGCAUCACGGUAAAAUAGAAGUUUAUCCUUUCCAAGUAGACAAAAAAAAAAGUCUUAACCACAGUUAACUGCUUGAUGCCAGAGAAAGGGCUCAAAGCCCACAUGCUCUUAAUAAAGACCAACUCCUGGGAGGAAAAAGCAUCGUGUGCAGUUAUGUUUUACAAUCUGGGCUAACCUGGGUAGGUUAAAAAGAGAGGAUACAUUUCCUCAUGUCCUGAUAAGUAUUCUUUAAGGGACACAUCCUUAAUGUCUGUUUGAAGUGGUCUACACCGCUCUGGCCUCAGCGCACUGUGUCGGAUUUUGCUCUAGCAUUCUUUGUAGCACACUUGUCUUAUUUGGCCUUAGAAACUGUUGUCACUGAGGGUAUGGAUGGUGUGCAUAUCUGAAGUUAGGAGAGUUCAGGACUCUGUCCUCGUGAUUGCCUAAUAAAGCUGAAAAGCAUUGAUCUGUAAAUGUCUAUGUCCCCCUGUCACUGCCUUAGACAUACAUGAACGGUGAGGAUAGUGUGACCAGACACUGUACUGAACCUCACUGAAGCUGUGGAGGUCUUAGGAAAUGCCUGGCAGGUUUCCAGGCAGCAGCCUUGAGUCUGGCCUGUGGGGACCUUAACAGUACCUCCAAGGAGUAAGAGUCCAGUGGGCGGGGCUUCAGUCCAGUGGGCGGGGCUUCCCUCACUGCCAACAUUCCUGAAGGGUUUCUCUGCCUUCCUGCUGGGUGCUGUGUUUUUUGUCCCCUCUUUUUUUUUCUUGUGGUACUUGCUGGGGAUCAAACCCACAGGCAUGAGUGUUCUAUCACCCUGCCUCAACUUCCCAGGUGCUGGAUUACAAGUAUGUCUCCCUCUGGCUUUUUUUUUUUUUUUUUAAAGCCUUAAGCCCAGUUUCACUCCUCUCCUGCAUUCUUUUGCAAACCCCUCUGGGGCUCUUGAGACACUUGCUUUGAUUUCUGUAUUGCUUUUAGUCUCCUGGCUGCUUUUCUUGCUUAAUAUCUGGCCACACGAUUUUCCCUUCAAGUAUGCCAAGCACCUCAGUUAGAAAGUCACAUUUAAGAAGUAUGGCAGAAGUCUUGCUGGACUUCUUGCCUCUGAAGGCUUUAAGCACCAAGACUCUGAGAGCAGCAAGCCCAGGCCUAGGCGAGCCUGUCUUGUGCCUUGUUACCAUCUUCCCUUCAUUUUCCUUGUCCCUCCAUCCCAAGCCUUUCUGCCUACUAAUUAACCGUGUCAAUACUUCAAGCACUGUGCUUCCCCAACCCUUGUGUGCUGUAUACCAAGACUGUCAGAGCCUACCCUAGAAAACUUGGGACUUGAAAGUGAUCAAAGUUGUUACAGCUUUUAUGGCACAAAGGCAAAAAAACCGUGUUAACCAGGAAUAAUUUAUUCUCUAUGUAUGUAAGAUCUUUGAGAAUGUUGAAAUUGUAUUCAAGAAAUAUCUUUUUACAGAUUUGUACUUAACAUUCCUUCAGUGAUAAUCCAGAUAAUUUUGUAGUCAUUUUAUAGCUUCAGCAAAUACUCAGUUGUGUUUUAUUAUUGUAUAGAGUGAAUAUAUUUUAUUAUCUAAGAUAACAGAUUUAUGUUUGUGUGGUUAAUGCACCUUUCCAGUGGUUCAGGUUGAAUGUGUGAAACUAUUAGACUAUACCUUCUAUCUGGAACAACAGUAUCGAAACUGUUAAUUCUAUCCAUUGUAAAAUGGUAUCAUUCUAUUGCCUCCAGUGAAUGACAAAUAAAUGUAAUACCUUAAAAAAAUUAUAUUUACAGAGAAAAUAUAUUUGAAAGUGAAUGUCUGAUUUUCAAAAUAAAUUUUAUUUGAAAUAA